AUGCAAGUUGCAGCUUAUGAAAGUCGACAUGUUUGGAGGUAUUUAUCUGCAGAACAGAAGCUUGCUGCAUCACUGAGUCUUGACCGUUAUUGCAAGCCUACAGAGUUCUACAACUAUCUCAAGGAUCGUGCUACCGAACACCCAAGAUUCCUUCAGAGAUGUUUGGACUACAAGAUAAAGGCUAAGAACAAAAAGAGGGUUCUAAUGACAGUUUCUCUGGCAUGGGAAAUGGAUGAAACUCGGUCUUUGUUUCCUUUGUGUAUCUCUCUGGGAAAAGAGGAGCCAAACGAGGGACCUACAGGGUAUUGCUUACAACAAUAUAAAAGAGAAAAAAGCCGAACCAUCUGGGUUGGCAAAGCCAAUGAUUCUCUGAUGGAGGGUGAAUCCAAGCCAAUUCAUAUCUCAACUGGUUUUGAAACUUUUGGAGCAGCUAGGAAACCACCUCCUCGCCGGAGACAGAAGAGGAGACAUGAAGGAUCUUCGUCGUCAUCAUUAUCUCAUAUCAUUUGGCAGCGAGGAACUGUUGCAUUUGAGUAUAGAUACUACCAUGACAGGUUGCACGAGAUCGAAGUUACUGAAAAUUUCACCUGUGCAGAAUCAGAAGAAUAUCCAUUUGUGUCUGUGUCUUUGAAGAACCCUAACUGGAUACCACCACAGUGGGUUGAUCCAAGAUUAGAUACUUUUCUGUAUUGUGCCAAGAAACCAAAGCGCAGAAGGUUGGAUACUAUAUUUCAUGGAAGAAAUGAUACAGACGAGGUGAUCUCAGAUGCUGAACUUCCUACUGGGGAUACUCAGCAAUUGGAGAAUGUUGGAUCAAAUCCAGUUGUCGAUGGUCCAGAUUGUGUCCCAUCAGUAUCUGAUUCUGAUAAUGGAUCUCGUGCAAUGCAACAAGUAGAACAUGAAGAGGUUUCAAAUGCAAUUUCACAUCCGAGAUCAUCGAUAUCUGAUCAUGAUGACCGGACACUAGCUAUUCCAGAAGUUGACCAUGAGGAAGUUUCAAAUGCAAUUUUACAUCCGAUAUCAACAAUAUCUGAUCGUGAAAACGGGACACUUGUAGUGCUUGAUGCUGACCAUGAGGAGACUUCAAAUACAAUAUUACAUAAUGGUCAGGAACAUGUCCCAUUAAUAUCUGCUCAUGAUGAUGGAACACGUGCAAUGCUAGAAGUUGACCAUGAGGAGGUUUCAAAUGCAAUAUUACAUGCUUGUCAGGAACAUGUCCCAUCAAUGUCUGAUCAUGAUGAUAGAACACGUGCCAUGGUAGUAGUUGACCAUGAGGAGGCUUCAAAUGCAAUUGUUUUGCAUACUGGUCAGGAUUGUGUCCCUUCAACAUCUGAUCCUGAUGGUGGUACACGUGCUAUGCUACAAGAUAACCAUGAAGGGGAUUCAAGUGCAAUUGUUUUGCAUACUGGUCAAGAUUGUGUCCCUCCAAUAUCUGAUCCUGAUGAUGGCACACGCGCUAUGCAAGAAGAUGACCAUGAAGGGGAUUCAAAUGCAAUAAUGUUACAUCCUGGUCCGGAUUCUGUCCCAUCAAUACCUGAGCAUGCUCAAGGGACAACCUCAGUGCCACAAGUUGAGGAGGAAGAGAGAUUACUAAUUGAAAUCUUUGACCCAAGACUGUAUGUCCUUGAUCUUUUCUCUAUCCUUGGAAAACAAAAGGCACUUUUUUACCUACAUUCUGGGAAAUUUGCAUAUGCAUCAAUUAGAGUUUACAACCGGAAAUGUUCUGUCCCUCACUGUAACCAAAUGUUAAUGAAUUUCAUAAACAUUUCUUUGACACUGUUCUUUUCAAAACAUUUCAGCCUUGCCCGGUGGAAGAAGCGGAAGUUUUAUCACUCUCAUAAAUACCAGGAUGAAGACAGUGAGGAUGAAAUUAAUGAGGGCGCUCAAGAGAUUGAAGAUAGAAGGAAACUUGCUUGUCUUAAAGCGACAGAAGAUGAGAAGCGGUUCGUGUAUAUGUGGACCUCAUUUAUUAAGAAACAGCGUGUGCUGGCAGAUGGUCACGUGAAUUGGGCUUGUGAAGCAUUCACAAAAUAUCACUGUGCUGAGUUUGCCGAGUCCCCAGCCUUAGCCUGGUAG